CGGGUGGCGGAAGCGGGCGGUCAGUCGCUGAGGGGUUGUCUGUUGGCAGGGCGUCCGGCCGUUGCUACUGGUUCUGUCGCCAUGGCCCACAAGCAGAUCUAUUAUUCUGACAAGUAUUUUGAUGAUCAAUACGAGUACCGACACGUGAUGCUGCCAAGAGAACUUUUGAAACAAGUGCCAAAAUCCCAUUUAAUGUCCGAAGAGGAGUGGAGACGUCUUGGUGUUCAGCAGAGUCUUGGCUGGGUUCACUAUAUGAUCCAUGAGCCAGAACCGCAUAUUCUUCUCUUCCGAAGACCUCUUCCAAAGGAUGAGAAGAAAUGAACCAUUGUCUAUACGUCUUCUGAAUCUUCUGGAACUAUGUCUGAGUGUAUAUAUGUUGGUGGUAUUCAGUGAAUACUUUUUUAAAUGUACAAAACAUACAUCCAUACCUGUGCAUGAGCUGUAUUAUUCACAGCAACAAAGCUCAGUCAAAUGCAAUUCCAAGUGGGCUGCUAUGGUGUUUAAAGAGUAUGAGGACAUGAUCUUUACUGUUAAUGUGCCUAUAACUUUUCAGUGAUUUUUAUUAAGGAUCGUGUAUUGCAUGCUCUGCCUAGAAGGUCACUUGUUACCUGUGUUCAGUAACUUUUGCACUCAGUUUUUCUACUGAACUGUAGCAUGUUCAAAUCCAAUGGUUCUCCUAUUUAGUAGACAUAAAUAAAUAAACUUUAUUUCUAAUGCUCUAUAAA